UGGUACGCCUCGGGGUGAUUAAUCUAGCCGGCGCGGGAUUUGAAAUGGAACCCGGCCCGUAAACCCACGCAGCGGGGAGUAAAUGCGGCUGGAGGAAGGGGUUAACCUGCACAACUUAAUUACGGUUCGGGCCAGAGCCUGGGUUAAACAAGCGCGCGCGGGCCUGUCACCGCCGCGGAAUCGGGCGUGGGUUGCAACCGAGGCUGUCGGGUCGGGGGAUCCUAUAAGACAGACGACGGGUGGACAGCGGUAACCAAUCCCGCGCCUUGUCCACUCCACUCUCCCAAAAACCUCCCCAAACCCCCAGAAACUCCCAUCCCAUCACGCACCUCCAUCCUUCCUCCGCCGGCACGUCGCCACCACCGCCGCCGUCGACUCCCACCCACCUCACAAGGUCUCCUCCUCGGCUUUCUCCACGCCACACCACCGCUGCGGCUGCCACCUCCCUCCCUCCGUCUCCGGCCUUGUUCUUCGCGCUUUUUAUUUCGUCGGUGGCUCGGUGCUCCUGCUCCAGCACCUUCUUCUGUUCCUUCCUAGGACCAGUAGGAGUAGCACUCCCGAGAGCGAAGAAGAAGCUCCCUCCUCUCGCCGAGGAGCCAGCAGCAAGGUCACACACUCACGGAGCUCGAAAACCGUUAGAGAUAGGACUACUCGUAUCCACGGCGGGGGCCGCGGCAGCUGCUGCUGCGUCGGUCUAGUAGUACGAACGGCAGUGGAGAGGACGGGGCGCGGCUUUACUGCUAGUACCUCUGCUUUCAGCUACUACUCGUAGCUGCUGCUCCUGCUCGUCCUGCUGCAUUUCCGCUGCUCUUUUUAAAGAGCCCGUCUUUACUGCGGCCACUCCCUUCCCCUUCCUUCCUCGCCCCGGUCUGCCUUCCUUCCUGCUCGCAUCGCCUUCGCCUCCCUCCCUCCCCGACCCUUUGCUCUUUAUUCCCCUGCCGAUCCGCAGAGCAGGAGGGAAUCCACCCGGCCGUCCGUUCCGAUCGCCCCUGCAGCUUCUUUUCCUGCUGGGGUCAGGGUUGCUGCAGCUUGCGCGGGGGGCUGGUUUUGGUUGGGGUUUCUUGUGUCAUCUCUCCUUCCUUGUAGCUAGCUUGGGUUUAACUCCCGGCGUGCCAUGUCGCGCGCGCGCACGGUGCGGAUCUUCUGGGACGAUCCUGACCUGACGGACUCCUCCGGCGAGGAGGACGGCUGCGGGGCCCGGCGGGUCGGCAGGAUGGUGCGGGAGCUGCCGCCCAUGGCGGCACCAGCAGCAGCAGCAGCAGCAGCACCGGCGGCUGCUGCCGUGCCGGAUCAGUGUAACGCCGGGGACGGCGACCGCGGGAGGAGGGUCGGCGUCGGCGUCGCUGGCCCCGUUGGCGUGUGCAGCGGGGCGCGGAGACGGCUGGGCAAGGGUGGUGGCCCGGGCGGCGCGGCGAGCACCAAGUUCCGCGGCGUCCGGAGGCGGCCGUGGGGCAAGUUCGCGGCGGAGAUCCGUGACCCGUGGCGCGGCGUGCGCGUGUGGCUCGGCACCUUCGACACCGCGGAGGAGGCCGCGCGCGUCUACGACACCGCCGCCAUCCAGCUCCGCGGGCCCAACGCCACCACCAACUUCUCCUCCGCCGGCUCCGGGGCGGCCGGCCAGCUGCAGGACCCGGCGACCCCCGGCGGGUACGAGUCCGGCGCGGAGUCCUCGCCGGCGGUGUCGUCGCCGACGUCCGUGCUCCGCAAGGUCCCCUCCGUGUCCUCCCUCGCCGAGGACUCCUCCAAGGACUUCGACUCCGACGUCGCGGCGGCCCCGUGCGAGCCGGCCGUAACCGAGUGCCGCAGCCUGGCCGUCCUCGAGGAGGAGGAGCUUGGCGAGUUCGUGCCGUUCGAGGACGCGCCGGUCUACGCCACCAGCGGCUUCUGGGACUUCGAGCCCGACGCCGGGUUCCUCUACGCCGAGCCGUCGUCGCCGGAGCUGUCGUGGAACGCCGCGGCCGCUGCGGGCGCCGAGCCCGCCUCGUCUGAUGACGCGCCCAGCUGGGCCGCGCCGGCGUCGCCGAUGCAGGAGAACAACGACUACUUCCAGGACCUGCGCGACCUCUUCCCGCUCAACCCGCUUCCCGCGAUUUUCUGAACAGGCUGGCGGAGUGUGGCGGACGGGGAACGCCGGAACCGGAACGGAGACCCCUCGUUGAUUCGUCUACCGGAUCGUUUUUUUUGGACGUCGAGAAGUGUGUGGUGUGUCCUGUGUCGUGCCUGCGUUGCGUGCACUGUGUACUUGUACGCCUCUUCCUUGCCGUACGUGUUUUUAUUUUUCGAGUCGAUGAGAAAUGUAACAUGCUGCCGAUGAGUACGUAGAGUUUUGAGGUGCUGGAGUCUAUGAGUUAGUGUAUUUCUACGUGAAUGUUUUUUGUUAGUACCGUCCAAAUUGUGAUGCCUACAUA